AAAUUCUUCAACGAUCAUCUUUGUAUUCAUAUUAUUCUUCUUCAAUUUUCUCUGCAAAUCCCAAAACAGAAAGAAAAAAAAAACGAAGAAGAACACCCAAGUUUUUCAAUGGAUAGAGCUUUCCAAAGAACCAAAAUCCUAACCAAUCACCUCCUCCAAUCCUCUCCUUCUUCGCCCGCCCAAAUCCCUUCUCUUUCUUCAAACGCAUGCUUAGACUACUCUCCGCCCGAACUUUCCGAAGGUUACGCAUUUGACAUCAAGGAGAUGCGGCAGCUCCUCGACGGGCACCACGUGGCUGACCGCGAUUGGCUAUUCGGGAUGAUGAUGCAGAGCAAAUUGUUCAACCCGAGAGUGAGGGGAGGGAAGGUGUUCGUGUCGCCGGACUAUAACCAGUCGAUGGAGCAGCAGCGGGAGAUGACGUGGAAGCGCAUCGUGUAUUUGUUGGAGAGAGGAGUUUUUAAAGGGUGGUUAACGGAGAAAGGAGAAGAGGCUGAGAUGAGGAAGUUUGCUUACUUUGAAGCCUUGGGUCUCUUCGAUCAUUCCAUUGCGAUUAAGCUCGGAGUUCACUUCUUCUUGUGGGGUGGUGCCAUCCAAUUUUUCGGUACAAAGCACCACCAUGACAAGUGGCUGAGGGACACUGAAAAUUAUUUGAUCAAGGGUUGCUUUGCAAUGACUGAGUUGGGGCAUGGAAGUAAUGUUCGUGGCAUUGAAACAGUAACCACAUAUGAUUCAAACACAGGGGAGUUUGUCAUUAAUACUCCUUGUGAAUCAGCUCAGAAGUAUUGGAUUGGUGGGGCAGCCAACCAUGCAACACAUACAAUUGUGUUUUCACAGCUAAAUAUCAAUGGAACCAAUCAAGGUGUUCAUGCAUUUAUAGCCCAAAUCAGGGAUGCUGUUGGUAAUGUAUGCCCAAACAUUCGCAUUGCUGAUUGUGGUCAUAAAAUUGGUUUAAAUGGUGUUGAUAACGGUCGAAUCUGGUUUGACAAUGUUAGAGUGCCCAGAGAGAACUUGUUAAAUUCAGUUGCUGAUGUGUCAGCUGAUGGAAAAUAUCUAAGUUCAAUAAAAGAUCCAGAUCAGAGGUUUGCUGCAUUCCUGGCCCCGUUGACAGCAGGUCGUGUUAAUAUUGCAGUUAGUGCAGUUUACCAAUCAAAGGUUGGCUUAGCAAUUGCCAUUAGGUAUGCAUUAACAAGGCGGGCUUUUUCUGUCAAACCAAAUGAACCUGAGGUCUUAUUGCUUGAUUACCCAAGUCAUCAACGACGACUUGUGCCUCUCCUUGCAAAGACCUAUGCUAUGAGUUUUGCAGCAAAUUACUUGAAAAUGUUGUAUGUGAAGAGGACACCUCAGUCAAACAAAACCAUUCAUGUAGUUUCAAGUUCAUUCAAGGCUGUUUUUACAUGGAAUAACAUGCAAAUACUUCAGGAAUGUCGUGAAGCUUGUGGAGGACAAGGAUUAAAGACUGAGAAUCGUGUUGGUCAUCUUAAAGGUGAACAUGAUGUGCAAUCCACUUUUGAGGGGGACAAUAAUAUUUUGAUGCAGCAGGUCAGCAAGGCUCUUUUUGCUGAAUAUGUUGCAGCUCAGAAGAAAAACAAGGCUUUCAAGGGUCUGGGCUUAGAACACAUGAAUAAACCCUGUCCUGUCAUUCCAUCACAGCUUACUAGUGCUACCCUCAGAUGCAGCCAAUUCCAGAUGGAUGCCUUGUGCUUAAGGGAGAGAGAUCUUUUGAAAUGUUUUGUCCUGGAUGUCUCACAACAUCAAGCCAAGGGAGAAAGUAAAGAGCAUGCUUUCAUUAUGAGUUAUCAGCUAGCAGAGGAUUUGAGCAGAGCUUUCUCAGAUCGAGCAAUAUUCCAAAAGUUUGUUGAGGCAGAAGCAACUCUAGCUGCCGGUUCGUUGAAGGAUGUCCUAGGUAUGUUGAGAUCAUUGUAUGCCUUAAUUUGUAUUGAAGAUGUUGCAUUUCUCCGAUAUGGGUACCUGUCAGUGGACAAUGCUGCUGCUGUGAGGAGAGAAAUAACAAAAGUCUGCAGUGAACUUCGACCACAUGCGCUUGCUUUAGUCAGUUCCUUUGGCAUUCCUGAUGCUUUUCUGAGCCCUGUAGCUUUCAACUGGAUUGAUGCAAAUUCUUGGUCUUCGGUUCAGCACUGAUAGGAUGUUACACUUGCUUCUAUUAAAUUUUACUUAAACCAGAAGGCCUACUCAUUGCUAGCCACUCUUUUUAAGUCUUUUUAAUAAGAGAGCCUUCAUUGUUAUAGCGAGAGAAACCGUCUGUAAACUGUUUAUUAUAUUAAUAAAUUUAAUAAAUUUUAAAAAAAAAAUGCAUAGAAAA